CUUGUUAAAAUGUUUGCUUUCGGUCCAGUUCUUCGUUACUUCUGCGUUGUUGGCUAUCAAGCCUCGUAUCCUUCCUUUUCGACUGUUAUCUUUCCUUUACAUACCGGGGGCAGGUCCUUCAUUAUCCUUUCUCGCUUUCACGUUCUCUCAGCUUCGCAGCGCGAAGUCUCUUGCUAUUCGUUUUCACUCCUUAUUGUGCAUAAUCGCUAGUCGAUCUCUACCAUCACCAUGCUUCGGCUUCAGAUAUUGUUCUUGACGCUCCUUUUCAUCAGCACCGCUUUUUCGACGCCUAUAAGGCAAAAACAGAAGCGCUCUUUUAAGCUCCCCCGGAUAGCACAAUCUAACUACGAGCCGAACGGAAAAGCAGCGUACAAACGAGCGUUGUUCAAGUUCGGGUUUGGCGAAAUCAGUUUUCAGCCCAAUGGUGAGAUAGCCACCAGAAUCCAAGCAGCAACCAAUGCUUCCAUUGAUGCCACUGAGGAUGGGGAGACCAGCGCAACGCCAUCACAAAAUGACGCGCAGUUCCUGUCCCCUGUGAACGUUGGUGGACAGACCCUGGUCAUGAACUUUGACAGCGGGUCAUCGGAUUUCUGGGUCUUCAACACCAACCUUGACACCGCCGCUCAACAAGGUCAUACCAUUUACGAUCCUACAAAAUCGAACGCAUCCCAAUCACUCACGGGAAGCACAUUCAAUAUCAGCUACGGCGAUGGCUCGUUCGCUUCCGGCCCUGUCGGCGUCGACACAGUCGACAUUGGCGGCUCCACAGUCAAUGCCCAAGCUAUUGGCCUACCCGACACUGUCUCUGACAGCUUCAUUAGCAAUACCGCAUCCAACGGCCUCGUUGGUCUCGCAUUUAGCCAGCUCAAUACCAUCGAACCACAACCACAAAAGACAUUCUUCGACAACGUUAUGGCAGACCUGACCCAGCCGGUGUUCACUGCGCAGCUCCUAUCCAACGCUGCUGGCUCCUACGAAUUCGGGAAUAUUGAUAGCAGUCUGUUUUCGGGCCAGCUCCAGACCGCCGCCGUGGACUCCUCCAGUGGCUUUUGGCAGGUCGCGUCAACGUCGGCUGUUGUUUCCGGCCAGACGAUUGAUAUCGCCGGUGGCUCUGCGAUCCUCGAUACCGGCACUUCGCUCAUGCUGGUAGCGGAUGAAAUGGUGGUUGGAUACUGGAACAAUGUUGAUGGUGCGCAGCUGAAUCAACAGGCGGGCGGGAUCAUCUUCCCUUGCAACGCGGACCUGCCCGACAUCCAAGUGGCUAUUGGAGACAACCUUGCCACCGUCAGUGGUGCGAACAUGAACUUUGCCAACGUCGGGACUGAUUCUCAGACUGGUGAAAACUUUUGCUUUGGUGGUCUGCAGUCAAACCAAGGCCUUCCCUUCUCAAUCUAUGGCGACGUCUUUUUCAGAUCCAACUUUGUCGUUUUUGACGGCUCAGGGCCAUCGGCCAGCUUCGCGCCACACGCAUAGUAUGAGAAGCAAAUUGCAUAGAAUAAAACAAGGAAUGAUACCAUAGCCAUAUAUUGUGCAUUGUUUGUGCAUAGCGAUGGAGUUGCUCGUGUUUUGUUCAAUGAGCUGUGUGCUUUGCUAGCACCUUCACUUCUGCAUGGUAUAUUUGCAUUCAUUAUAGCAACAGAUGAGUGAUGACAAUGUGCUUGAAAGACAUGAGACAUGACAAUGAAAGUGCGUUGACAAAC